GUUGUCAAGUAUGCAAGUUCGAUCGAACGCGAAUAACACGAGUGCCUUGACCGAUAAACUUAUUCGGAUGAUCGCAUAUCGCUGCGCUAGGAAUUCCAAUGGUCGUUUGGUCGACGACGAUUAACAUUAACAUUUUCUUCGCCUUGUUUCUAUACUCUUCUUGCUUCCGUCGGCAAGCAAUACGAUAUUCCUGAGUAAAGAUUUAAAAGAAAAAAAGUAUAACUUGCUUCGAUCAGGGCACUGCUGGUACUCUAUUUAUAGAGUAGCUCUAAUUGUAGAAGUGAAUUCGAACAGCGCGCCAUAGCUUCCCUGUUACUGGCGGACUUACUAGAAGGACGCUAUCUAUUCAAUGUCACUAGACAAAAUGACUGAAUGAGGAAGAAGCGUAAGUGCCUGAAGUGCCAAUGCUUGUCAAUCUACUUGUCGCGGUAGAACCUGGUGCCGCUAAAAGGAGCAAACUUAUGGAUUCCUGCUGACGGAGCACGCAAAUGUUUGAUUUAAAAAUCUGUCGCGUAAACGAAUGAACGGACAAGAUUGUAUUCAUCAACGUGUUUAACUGUCAAAGCUUGUCGGAGAUGACUUCGUUUGGUCGUGGUCGCGGAUGGCUCAUCGAAAAGAAUCCAAGUAAGGAGCAGAUCCUGCGUAGACCGGGAGAUGCAAGUAAUCGUGGCAAUAACAUUGUCCAAGACAUAACGAACAAGAUAGCUGGCUACGACAUACGCGAACCUGUCUCGCCCCAACUGAUUCAGGAGGUCGCAGAUCUCAUGACCAGCGCGUUCAACAGGGGUGCCCUAAAGGACACAUGCAAUGCUCUCUGGAAGCAAGCUGUACUUGAUGACUCUCUCACUAGGAGGACAGCAGUGAUAUUCAGUGACAACAAAAUUGCUCUGAUAGGGGACAACAAUGAAUUGGUACGAGGCAGUUUGUUACGUUUUCUACAGGAUAAUUACAUAUCCAAGGAGAAAAAUAGAGUGGAAGAUAGCAAGACGUUUGCGAAUAUUGUCUUGCUCCAUGCGGAGCUUUACUAUUGCAUGAGGUUAAUUAAUGGUAAUAGAUUGAGGAUACUGGCUGAGCCGUUAAUUCAUUAUUUGGAAGAUAUAUUGCAAGACAAUCUCAACGAUAAUAUCUAUUUUGUCAUGAUACAAAUUCUCAGAUCUGGUAAAGAUCUUUAUGCGGAAUGCCCAGAGCAAUUAAAUAGCUUAAUAAUGACAAUUAGAAACAUUUUAUUGAGAGACAAUAGUUAUAACUCGCAGAAUCGUGCAGCAUUGUUAUUGAUGAUCGAGUUAGCCAAUAACGCUUACGAAAUUAAGGACCGACAACUGAAAGAGUUUUAUCUCUCGAGCAUCAAGUCGCUCUCCUUCAAGCACCCGUUUUCCCAGGCGGAAUUAAAAGUGGUUGCAGAGACAAAGACUAUAUACGAUGAUCAACCGCAGGAAGUCGAUGACAAUCAACACAUCACGAAAAACGAAAUGAGGAAUGAUACAUCGGAGCAAGGUAAUUACUCGAAGAACCCAAGUGUGCCAAGAGCCAUACGCGGGUCGGGUGCAUCAGGUAAGCCGAAAAAAGAAGAUAACGUUAACGCGAAGCUGAAAUCGUUGAAAAUAACGCCACCAAGGCAGAAGAACAACAAGGGUUGGGAUCACGACGAUAGAUUUCAUAAGGAUUAUGAAUAAUUGCUCUGUUAUAACAAAUAUAACUGACAGAGUAAAUAUGUCUUUACUGGACUACUGAAAGAUGUAUAUAACGAAAAAGACACGAUAAAAGUGACAGAUUUUUGUAUUUCUUGCUAACAAAUAAGUAACAUGUUCACGUUUAUAUAUAUGCAUGUAUAAACGUAAUUAUACGUAAUAAGAUUGUAUUUAAAGAGUGUGAAUGCUUAUGUUGAUAUAUGCAUGCGCUAUGCAUAAAUCGACGCAGCCGUGAUUGAGAUAUAAGAAGUGAGUCUACCCUUUUAGCAUAGUUGAAUGAAAUAGUUCCAUUACAUAUUGUUCCGACGUAAUUGUUAUAUCUCAAAAUAAAACGGCGAAAAGAAAUGACAGAAGAACGAGAUGUAAACAGGAUGUAACAUGGACAUAGUAUAUCCUAGUUUUAUCUGUUCUGUACUGAUGCAUUCUUCAAAUUCAGUGAACUUUGUAUGAGAUUAAUCCUGUGAAGAUAAUCGUGUAAUAUUAGAAAAUCCACAUUUCUAAAUCAUGUAAUAUUAGAAAAUCCACAUUUCUAAAUAAACAGUUUAUUUACGGAUUGAA